GCGAAUCUGUCAUAUUCGCGUCAGCUGUCAAAACAAGUCGCGAGGUGCGGUUGAUGGCUGAUGGCGUUGGCGUAACGAGAGCACACCACACCGAGGCGGCACGGCUGAGACACGGCAUGAGUAACGCGUGACAGUGGAGUCUCUCUCGCGGGCGAGGCUCGCGGCGGCAUCACAAGCAUCAGGAUCCUGCACCAUGCGAGGAGCGGAGUCCACCAACGGAUAUGGCGGCGCGUCACCUGAACACGCGUCAGCCAGCGACAGCGAAGGCGAGGAGGCGAGCGCCGGCUCCGGCGGCGAAGGAACUGUAGAACUCCUUGCCGAGGACUUGGAACUACCAGCGCGCGCCCUAGCUUCGCUCAACGCGCUACGCAAAUCUCGACAACACUUCGACGUCCUACUCGUAGCUGGGGGCGAAGAAACGCCCGCACACAAGGCAGUGCUCGCUGCUGCGUCACCGUAUUUAUUGGAAACUUUAGCGGAGCCGUUACAUCGCGUAGCGGGUGUUGACGCGGCGUCGCUACGUGCGUUAGUCGAAUGGGCGUAUACAGGACGAUUAGUAGCAUCUGCUGGCGCUCCAGCGAGGAAACUAUACGAAGCUGCAUGGCGGCUGAGAGUAGAAGGAGCGAGAUUGGCGUUAGCGGAGAGGCUUGUGCGGCGGGCGACGCCGCAGGAUGCGCUGGAGCUGCGAGCGCUGCCAGAUUUACCGCCGCAGCACAGGCAUCAUCUUGACACGUUUAUUGCGGCACAUUUCGACGAGAUUUGCGCCUCGGGCGCGCUAGCUGCCCUCCCUUCAGUAACCGCGGAGCUUCUCCGCGAGUCUUCAGCCGAAGAUGGCGGCGAGGCCCCGCGUGCGGUCGCCGACGCGGCGCUCGUGUGGCUGAGGGACCGAUCAUUAGAUGAGGAGUUAUACUCCAGGACACAUCUAUUGUUUGUGGACGGAGGGGGAGAGUUGAGGGAUUGCGGGGAGCUGCCGGCCGCGAGGACUGAUGGGCCCGAGCUACAGGAGUAUCGGCGUGAGGCCGUGGAGCGUAGACGCCGCGAGCCUGGCAUCGGCGCCACAACACCCAAGCCGCUCGCGGGGGGCGAGCUGGGCGCCCGCGAGCGCGCCCGGGGCGCCGGCGGCGACUGCGCCGUGCUGGCCGCGAGGUCGCUCGGCCCGAGGGCUACACAGGCGUUGCUGGCGGUGCACGGCAGGCUGGUGGCGGCCAGAGUCGCUUGGAGACCGGCGGGCGGGCCGGUCGCGCGCGGCGGGAAGCUUGGACACACACAGGACGCCCCGCCGGAACCGGACGGCGAGAGGCGAGCGGAGCUGGCGGGUGGCCGCUGCGCUCACGGCGCGGCCGCGCUCGGGCAGCGAUUGAUAGUUUGUGGCGGCUACGACCGCGCCCGCGUCCUGCGCAACUGCGAGGCGUACUGCCCGGCCACCAACGCGUGGUCCCCGCUGGCCGACAUGCGCGGCGCGCGCGCGCGCUUCCCCGCAGCGGCGCUGGGGGGGAAGGUGUACGUGCUGGGCGGCUCUGACGGACAUAACGAGUUGGACUCGGUGGACGCCUUUGAAGAGGGCGGAGAGACCGGGUUGGGCAAGUGGGUGGCUCGCGCUCGGCUGCCGGGCGCGCGCUCGCACGCGGCGGCCGCGGCCGACCACGAGCGCGGCCUGCUCUACCUCGUGGGCGGCUGGGCCGGCGGCCGGAGCCUCAAGGCGGUGCACAGAUACGACCCAGCUACGGACUCGUGGUCAGACGGCCGUCCCCUUACCACCGGCCGGUCGCAGUGCUGCGCCGUGCCGUGGCGCGGCUCGCUCUGGGCGCUCGGCGGCUGCGACGCCUGGCGCUGCCUCGCUUCCACAGAACUACUGUCUCUUGAGGACCCCGAAGCUGGUUGGACUUCUGGCCCGCUGCUGCCUUCAGCGCGACGUUCGAUGGGCGGCUGUGCCUGGCGAGGCCGACUAGUAGUAGCAGGAGGUUCCGACGGCGCGGCCUCCUUACGCCGCGUGGAUUGGUUAUUGCCGGGCGUCGAGCCUGCAGGAGGCACUUGGCAGGCGGGCCCGCCGCUGCGGCGCGCGCGCGCCGGGCUGGGCGUGGCGGAGCUGGGCGGCGCGCUGUACGCGGCCGGCGGCUUCUCCGGCCGCGAGUUCCUGGCCUGCGUCGAGUGGCUGCCCCGGCCCGACGCCGACUGGACCAUGCUGGCCGACCCGCCCCAAGUGGCGCGUACCCUGAGUGAGCCGAACCCGCCUAGCGGGUCCCCGCCGCCCGUGUGCCGCGCGCUCAGCGAGCAGCACCCGCCGAGCGGGGCCGAGCAGCACCCGCCGAGCGGG